AAUGAGAAGCAACGACCAUAGAAAUUAAGGGGUGAGAGAGGUGUGCACGACACAAAAUUCAAAAAUAGAUCUCCCGCGAAAUAUAUUAACCUAACCUAAAAUACUGACACCUAACAAAUUAUUUAAAAAAAUAAUGAUUUUCUAGGAGGCUUAAAUAUGAAUUUGUAUGGAUAUGUUCUGAGUUGCGAUCAAAUAAGUGAUGUUCCACUUUUUCAAGACUUUCAGAAGCUAUUUGUUCCUAUGAGCCAACAACUGAGAAUUUCUGAAAACAAAUUAUUCAUUGGUGAACAAGUGUACAACAGAAGACUCAUCAUUGAGGAAAUCGAUAUUAUUUUACGUUUAGCUCAAAGAGAAUGGCACUAUUUGCAAACCAUUGCGUUGAAUGGUGAUGUGUUAGCAUAUGAAGAAAUGAUGUAUUCAAGGGAACUCAUCAACAAAUCAUUUUCUGCAAUAACGGAGUCAUUACUGUUAUGCGAAUAUCCUUCACAAAAAGCUAGAUAUGCCUCACAGACGUUAGACAAAGUUAUUUUUUUUACUAAUACAGUUUUAUCAUUCAGUGAACUAAGUGAGGAAUUUGUGAUCAAGCUUUCUGCUCUUAAAGAAAGUGAUACUAGGAAUCCAGUAUACCAGUAUUUUCAUACAUUCCUGGAGAUUCACUAUUAUACAUUGGUUUUACAUUAUAUCUGUGGAUCUUCUAAAAUUGUUCUUGAAAACAAAAUUGAAACAAUAAUUAUUAACCUAGUAGUGCUAGCUAGAAGGAGUUUUCAAAGGCAAAUAACUCGAGAUGUGUUUGGAUGUCCAUGUGUCAAAAACAUUUGGCUACUUAUUCAGUUAUUCUGUGAGAAAACUAGAGACCCCGAUUUUUUCUGGAAAAUAUUCAACAAGAAAUUAGAGACUGAAGAUUCACUAUUCACUUUAUGGCUCUUAAAAGAUGUUGCCAAUUUACAUUCAUAUAAUACUAGUCUCAGGAAUGAAGAAAAUCAUUCUGAAAGAAUUAGAGAAAAUUAUGAGUUGAUACAAUUCAAGUUGAAACCACUUCUGCUGAAAGCUGACUCUGAUAUGUUAAUGGAAAUUUUAAAAUCAAUUGAACCUUUAAUAUGUGGGCUUUGGCUGAAACAAGGCAGUAUUCAAACUUAUCAAAUCAUCUGGGACUACUACAGUAAGAGACUUAAUGUCUCAAAAAGAAACUAUACCAACUCCACAGCUCUAGACUUAGUUGAACUUCUGGAUAUAAUACUCUUCAAACCGAAGGAGUGCAAAGGUGAUUUUGAAAAAUUUAUUUCCAUGCUCAUUUGUCAACUCCAAAGCCACCCUGAACAUUGGGGGAAAAUGAAAGGAAGGAUUUAUUCACAACUGGGUCCAAAUAAAUUGAAGGAACUUUCUGAAACAGGAAUUAUCCAUGUCAUGUUACUUUUUAUAGCACUGUCAGCUGUUGGAUAUGAAGAGGUUACGAAGAAAGUUGUUUCUAUUUUUGACACUCUACCACCUGAAAAAAAGAAUACUCCUUUGGUGUGGAAUGUUUAUAUUACCUUUAACAUUAUACAAGUACGAAAUGGACACAGCCUUGGAAGCACAGCACCAUCUUUACUAUCCCUGCUCCAAGAAGCAUCAGCAGACAACAAACAUUUUCGUUUGAUAAAAGGAUUCAUCACAAACUUCGAACAUUUGUUGAAGUUUAGUGUUAAUAUGCAACUCGACCAAUCACUAUUUUUGAACUCAUGGUUAUCAAAAUAUCUAUCAACUUGUUACUACACAGAUCUAAACCUUGCCUUGGACGUUUUAGCCUUUACGUUGGAUAAAGUUGGAAAUCCAGAUUGUUGGUCAUUGUGGAUGGCACCUUUUAAAGAACAUGUUUAUCCUGCCCUAAAGUUGGUCUCUAGCACUCAUAAUGCCCCAGGAUCAAUAGGAAAAAUUGCUGGAAAACUAUGUUUACUCAUUCCACAUUUAGCCAACGAAAUUUUUGCAUACUUCACAAAUGAAAACAUACUCUCUAACAUAUUAUCAGAGUUUCUAAUAGUUGUUUUGAGGAAUUAUCCCAAUAGUUACAUCUUGAAUGAACAACAAGAAGCACAAGUAAUUAUAUGCUGGGUAAAAAUAUGUCUGCUAACGAUGGAGGCUCCUGAAAGUUUAACCCAAAAUGUACUGAAAUUUGAUCUCUUUCCUGUUGCAUUGAAAUCACAUAUCAACUCAUCAAAGGAUCCAAUUUAUGCUCUCAUUGAGUUUUUUGGAAGUGACAUAAAACACCAUUCCCAAUCUUCAUUCAUCAACAAGUUAUGCGAGUUAUCCUUCGGUCACCUUGAUAAGUGGCUAGUGCAGUAUAUAUCACAAGGGGAGAAUGAAGCAAUAAUUUGUCGAAUCUACACUUGCCUUUCACUUGCAUUUUUACACUGUGGAACCCUGCUUUACAGUCGUAAUAAGAGUUCAUGUCCCCUUACAAAGUUGACACAGUGCCUGUUGAUGCCCAAUGAUUUACUUAUAGGAAAGAAUUUGCAUGAAUAUGUGGUGAAUGCAGUUAAAAACACUUGGCACCUAUUUUACGAGGCUAUGGUGAAGCUGAGAGCAGAAACUGAUAUGUUCGUGGAGAGAAUGCUUCGUGACAUGAUCACUAAAUAUAUGAAAUAUUUCUCCACAAGUGAGUCUCCUAUUUUAAAGUGUUUGGAAAAUGACGCAGUUGCUUCCGUGUUGUUAGAAAAAUUAUGUAGCUCUUAUUUCAAACAUCCUGUCAAAGAACCUGAUGCUAAUUUACUAAAGGUUUUGAAAAUUUUAACAGACAUCAUAAAGUGUACUACUUCGAUCCAAGUGUUGAAGUUAAUUGUGACAAAAACAUUUUAUGGAUUAUGUGAAGUAGUUAUUUUCCAUAAACAAAGAAGCACUGCUAUAAGUUUGAUAGCAACAAUCACUUGUUCUCCUUUGUACCCUCAAAUUAAAGCAGAAUUUCGAAAUGAAGUGAAUGCCAUUACAGUGAAACACAUGGCAUUCAACACCAUAAAUUAUUUUCAACUGAUGAUGAUCUUGGCCAAGUUUGUUCCAAAUGAUAUUAAGGAGUUACUUGGAAAUGUCAAGCAACAGGUUAUAAAUGUUGAAAGAUUACGUAGUGUGGGGUUUGAUAGAAAUUUACGACUACAUUUUGAAAAACUUGAAAGUGCUGUGAAAGUGACUCAGUGAUAUAGUAAUUUAUUUCAAGUGCUUUAUGUGAAAUAAAGAAAACCAAACUUGUUUGUUGAAAAUAUUUUGAACUAAGUUGAAAUUAUACAGGUUUGUAAUCUAA